AUGGAAUCGGCAGUUGAAGAGGCUUUUGAGGUGCAGAUACUGCAUCCUUUUCAUGAUUGGACACUCGAGUGCUUUUGUGACCGUAGUGGUAACACAUACCAUGAACUCACACGUGCUGCAUUGCGUGUCACGGAUCGCAACGAUCGCUUGAAUGGCGUCAUUGAGACACCUUCGCUUGAAGUAGGAGUUUUACCUUCAUCUGAAUGGUUGUGGAGCCAUGCUUGGAUGGCCGAUAGUGAAUACACACAGUGCGAUGAGGAAGGAUGGACCUACGGCUCGUCUAUUGAACGCAUUAAUUGUCGCUUGGCCGAAGGCACAAGCAAGAUUAAGCGAGGUUAUCACCACUUUUUGAGAAGAAGACGCUGGAUACGUACGCGAGUUCGAACACCUCUUCCAGCUGAAGGAGCUGCACAGGAGACGAGGACAAGCCCAGCACUGUCACCAAGAUAUGAGGACCGAGAUGUCCAUGAAUCGAGAGUGUCGGAAAGUCUAGCAGUUCGUCGAUACUAUUGUGUGUAUCGAGAAUCGAUCAAGAAGUAUUACCAUCGAGUGUCGACGAAAGAAAAGUCGUCAAAUUUGGUGCGUGUGAACUUCACCGAUGACGAUAUUCAGAAGGAAGGUUGGCUGGGUGUAAGGGGCUCGCUGUCACGCAGUUGGAAACUACGUUAUUUCUUAUUGCGGUGGGACUCAAGCAGUCUCGUGUGCUUAAGAGAUCGAGCAUCAAUGGUGCAGGUGAGUGAAGAGCUCAUUGACCGACACACGACCUUGUUAAUCAAGGAAGAGUCCAAGCCGCGUCAGUUUCACUUUUCGAUAUGUAACGGAGAGCGCACACUACGGUUAAAUGCCGUGGACGGUACGUCGCGCGCUUCUUGGAUCUCAGCACUGAGUGAGAUGAUUGUUCGUAGUCGGGCGUCAUUUUUUGCAGCGGACGAGUCUGAAAGUAGCUCGAGAAGUCGAAGCUUUCGACGUGUGCGAUCGUCCACGGAGGAAGACGGUUCGACUGUCAGUAUCUCGAUGGUCAACGAGUUGAAUGGAGAAAACAAUAGCAUUAAACAAAAGCACACUCGUGGUGCUUGGAGACCUUACAAGUUCAUUUCGUCAACGAUGCAAUCAAAAUGCAACACGGACGCGAGUUGUCGUCGUGACUACGCGAAACAUUUCAGUGAAGCUCUGAACGAAGUAAUUGAGACGGCGGUCGCAUUUAUAUCUGAAAAUAUUAAUAUUUUGGAGGAAAAUUUGUGUACUGCGCAGGAGUUCUUACCCUCGACAUUGCCGUGUGUACCCAUGAAAGAAAUUCGGAGACUUCGAACAGAAGCAGAUGCAUCUAUCGAAGCGUUUCGAGCUGGUGCAAAUGUGAUUUUUAGUUCAGGCCAAACCAGCGUUCUUAGGUGCAACAAACUGCUGAAAGAGUUGUAUUUCUUAGUACGCCAACUGCAGGAAAAUAUUAUAUCACUUGCGCCAUCUCAAGAACACGCAACUAUUAAGAAGAUUGUAGCGGAAUCUCCAACGAAGCGUCGAAUUCCGCUUGAUUGGUUCACGGAAAGCGUUCCCGUGGAGAAGGGACCCCAGCAAACAAGUUUGAGUGAGGAGAGCUCUCUGUCUACAACUGCGUCGAACUCAACUGCUGGAAAGCUGGAGUUGUCAUAUACAUCGGGGUCUUCUUUUGAGAUGAAGAGACCAAGUUCUUUGAUUUUAUCGAGGCAUGACAAGCGAAGUUCAUCUGUCCCAGAAUCAAACCGCUCUAGCAGUACUACGAUCAGCCACCACGGUCACAGCUUGCACGCUUCCGAAGCAAUUAGGAUAAAGCCGUAUACAGAGAUACCAGCAGCAUUGCGUGAGGGUCAUUUUGAUCUUCCUGAUGGUGUUAAUGGAUACGUCGUGAAGGUUCAUGACAAAGACGUUGGUUCUUUGAUCGGAUACACCCUUUGCUCAACAGCAUACAUCGAGCAACUGGAGGCGCAUUUUGAGAAAAAAGUGAAUAUUGCAGAAGAACUGCUUGCAGCUGAAAAAAUGAGUUGCAGUGAAGUUUUUGCACCAUUUCCGCGUAAAAACGAAGAGUUUGCUGAGGCAACCGCCACAAUAAAGGACGAAAAAUCUUCAAGCUCCAGCGCCUCGACGACUACGGCUUCUACGGUGGCUACUGAUGAGAAGAGAAUGAUUUAUUUAAGCAAGUUGCGCUCGACGGACUUGCAACAUACUUCUAUGAAGUUUUCUUACGCGGUUGGUUCCACGAAUCACGAAUUCUGCUGUGUGGCAUACUUUGCUGCACAGUUUCACGCGUUGCGUGCACUCCUUGUCCCGGGCAAUAUCGAGUUUUUGAACUCUAUUAUUGAGAGUAAGCGAUGGGAUACCGGUGGCGGUAAGUCUGGCGCAUUCUUUUCGAUGACUCACGACAAACGCUAUGUGCUGAAGGGCAUAUCGGUGACUGAGUUCAACAUGUUUGUUCACAUGGCUCCAAAGUAUAUUAAGUUCAUUUCGCGAGUGGUGGAGGUUCCAACGCCGACAGUUAUGACAAAGAUUGUUGGGUUGUUCAAGCUUAGCCACAGUCGACGUUUACUGAAGCACACGGAAUACGUGGUAAUUAUGGAGAAUUUUUCGUACGGGUUUCCACCGGGGCAAAUGUACGAUCUUAAAGGAAUCCUCCGUCGUCGAUACAAUGCAUCUAGCAGAGAUGACGAGGACCGUCAUGAACCAUUCGACAACGUAUCGAGCGUUCAAGUCUCUAUAAAUUUACCAGUACUGCUGGAUGGCAACUUUUCAGAGCGCAUGCCCGUUCCUGUGUCGCAGCCAGAUUUGGAGGUCAUUGAGGCUGCUAUUCAGCAUGACACUGGUUUUUUGUAUCGAGCAGGCGUCAUUGAUUACUCACUGUUGCUUCGCUUUGAUGAGGAUAAGCGGCAAGUUGUUGUAGGGCUCAUUGACUAUUUGCAUCAAUUCGAUUUUUUGAAGAAGAUGGAAUCGACUUCGAAGGCAAGCUUUACUUUCCGUGAUCCGACAGUGAUCAGUCCGAUCUCCUAUCGCCGUCGAUUCAUGAAUGCCAUAAGCCGCUAUUUCGUUGGAAUUGAAAAGGACCUUGAACUUCGGAUGCGCAAGCGCUGUGGAUUCAAAUUGAAGCCAGGCAUGUCGCGUCUGAGCGGGGCAGCGUUGACUAGCAGCACUCUCAGUACAUCGAAUGCAUCCGCCGCGCACAAUUUGCGGACAGAUGAAGACAAUCACGCAGAUGUUACAGCACGACUGGUGUACAACAUGUCCCUUGUAAGCGAGUCUUCACUCGUCUCCGAGCAGUCUUCUGCGAAAUCGGAAUGUAUUUUGUCAAAGUUUGAUGAUAACUGGACAAGUACAAAACCGCGAGAACAUUCGAUGUCACACGUAUCGGAUCAUGCAAUUUGUUGUGACCACGUCUCGCGGAGCGAUUGUGAAUACAACAGUUCACCAUGCUCUUCGUGCAAAUCUGUCAAAGCGUACUCUGCUACUUCACACAAGAAUAAUGCGAUUCUGGAGGAGCUCUGUUCAUGA